AUGGGCGGCUCGUCUCCUCUUCCCCUCAGUCUGCAGAGCAAGUUCCAGCGAGCUCGAGCUGGUCAUUUGGCUCGGCUGAGGGACUACCAAGGGAAUUUCAACAUACUCCGUAAUGUAAUCUUCAUCUUCUUCGUCCUCCGCAUCCUUCGGAGAUCAUUCUACUUCCUCCGCGGCCACGGCCUCCUCGGCUCUCUCGCGCUGCUUUACCACACCACGCACAAAACACUCUACAGAAUCUUCCUCAACCUCCCCGGCGUGCGGUCAAAGGUCGCCAGGCAACUCGAGGCGGCACGAAAGGACCUCGAAGAUAAACUGGCGCCCAACGAUCCCGGUGUGAACCGAUACCUGCAUCUCCCAAAGGAGCCAUGGACCAAGGAUCAGUUAAAUACCGAAUUGGAGACGUUGGCAUCGAUGAAACGCACGAGGUGGGAAGAAGGCAAAGUCUCUGGCGCAGUCUACCACGGCGAAGAGGAGUUGUUGGACAUUCAGUUUCAGGCCAUGCGGUCCUUCAGUGUGGCCAAUCCGAUCCAUGCCGACGUGUUUCCCGCUGUCCGCAAGAUGGAAGCUGAAAUCGUGGCGAUGGUUCUCGCCAUGUUCAAUGCCCCCGAGACAGGUGCUGGGGUGACAACCUCGGGCGGUACAGAGUCAAUCCUAAUGGCCUGCCUGUCGGCAAGGCAGAAGGGCUAUGCAGAGAAGGGCAUCAAAGAGCCGGAAAUGAUCGUUCCGCAUACCGCGCAUGCUGCGUUCCACAAGGCAGCAUCAUAUUUCAAGAUCAAGCUCCACAUUGUCCACUGUUCGGCGCCAGAGUACAUGGUCGACAUAUAUCGCGUUCGCCGACUGAUUAACCCCAACACAAUCCUCCUCGUGGGAAGUGCCCCGAACUACCCGCACGGGGUUGUGGACAACAUCCCGGCUCUCUCGAAACUUGCCGUGACGUACAAAAUCCCCUUGCAUGUGGACUGCUGUUUGGGAUCCUUUCUUAUGCCGCACCUCUCCAAAGCUGGGUUUCCCUCACCCUUCGCCGAGGAGGGAGGGUUCGACUUCCGCCAACCGGGAGUCACAUCCAUAUCUGUGGAUACGCACAAGUACGGCUUUGCUCCCAAGGGCAAUUCGUGCGUUUUAUACAGAGACCGGCAGCUACGAGAAUAUCAAUACUUUUUAUGUCCGGAGUGGUCCGGCGGUGUCUAUGGAAGUCCCUCCAUAGCUGGCUCUCGGCCUGGAGCGCUGAUAGCUGGAUGCUGGGCCAGUAUGAUGGUCGUGGGCGAGAAGGGUUAUAUCGACGCCACGAAUAAAAUCGUCACCACGAAACAAACGAUUGAAAACGCCAUCAAGGAACACCCUAUCCUGAAAUCGGCCUUGGGGAUAUUGGGCAAACCGAUGAUUAGUGUGGUGGCGUUUGAAUCGCUCGACCCUCAAAUAUCAAUCUACGACGUCGCCGACGGGAUGUCUAAGAGACAGUGGCAUCUCAACUCGCUCCAAGAUCCCCCGGGAGUGCACGUCGCCGUGACCCUACCCAUGACGAGACCCGGGGCUGUGGACGGGCUGAUCGAUGAUCUCGUCGCGGUGGUCAAGGAAGAGAAGGAGAAGAUUGUCAGCCAGCAAGUUACCGGUAGCGGAGUUGUUGGUGGUGCUGUAGUGAAGAAGGACAAGACCAAAGGGACCAGCGCCCAAUUGUAUGGCGUUGCGGGAAGCUUGCCCGACAAGAGCAUCGUCGAAAAGCUCGUUGUGGCCUACCUGGAUACGUUGUACAAAGCCUGA